AUGAUGAGUUUGUCGUCUUCGAAAAUCUUUGGUUUGAAACAAAGUCCUCAUGCUUGGUUUGGAAAGUUUAGUCAGGCUAUUGAGAAAUUUGGUAUGAUGAAAAGCAAGUCUGAUCAUUCGGUGUUCUACAAACGAUCAGAAGUUGGCAUCAUUUUGUUAGUUGUAUAUGUGGAUGAAAUUAUUAUCACCAGAAAUGAUACUAGAGGAAUCUCUUCUCUUAAAUCUUUCCUUCAUACUCAAUUUCACACAAAAGAUUUAGGGGUGUUAAAUUAUUUCUUAGGAGUUGAGGUCACUCAAAGUAAACAAGGAGAUGGAAAACCAUUUGAAGUUCCUGAAAAGUAUCGAAGGUUGGUUGGGAAGUUGAAUUGUCUUACUGUGACUCGUCCAGACAUUGCCUACUCAGUUAGUGUUGUUAAUGCAAAUUGGGCAGGUUCCAAAGUAGAUAGAAGAUCCACUUCAGGUUAUUGUAUUUUUGUUGGAGGGAAUCUGGUCUCAUGGAAGAGUAAAAAGCAAACCAUUGUGUCACGAUCUAGUGCAGAGUCAGUUGAUCGAGCUAUGGCACAAUUUGUGUGA